AUGAAGACCUCGUCGAACAGAACGGCCUUCAUAGCAUUCGCGCCAGAGGGAAUCGCCUCUCCUGAUCGAAGGAAUGUGUUGGCGAUGGGAGGCGCUACUUCAGGUAUCAGCGGCAAUGAUUUUUCAACCAACACCAAGCUAGAGUUCGCCAAGAUGGAUCUGGGCAAUAGCGACACUGAGAUGCCGAUAUUGGCAUCUAUUGCUCUGGAGGCUCCAUUUCAUGCUCUAGACUGGGGGACCUUCCCGGAUUCCUCCAAGUUACCUAUGGGAAUCCUCGCCGGUGGACUUGGUGAUGGCACUGUGAGACUGUGGGACCCGGCGGCUAUCCUGGAUGGUGGUGAUAGGGAGCAUGGUACGUUGAAUGAAAUGCAGUUGCACAACGGCAUGCCUACUACGGCGUUGCAAUUCCAUCCGGCUAAGCCUGGUCUGAUCGGCUCUGGAGGAGCUGAUGGUGAGGUGAACAUCAUCAGCUGUGACAACCCGAGGAAUCCCAGCGUGUUCAAACCAACACACGGUCCGAACAAGCAUGCUGGUACUGAGGUUACCUGUCUAGACUGGAAUAGGAAGGUCCAGCACAUUCUUGCUACUGCUAGCACCAAUGGUCUAACAGUCGUAUGGGACCUCAAGUCUAAGAAGGAGGUGAUCGGCUUCAGAGACCCCGGCAACAGGACUAGGAUAUCGAGCCUGUUGUGGCAUCCGGACAUUCCGACGCAGCUUCUUGUGGCCUACAAUGAUGACAACAACCCCACAGUGCAGUUUUGGGACCUGCGGAAUUGUCGGUAUCCCUUCAAGGAGACUUCUGGUCAUACUAAGGGCAUCACGUGUGCUUCUUAUUGUCCGCAAGACAGUUCCUUGCUCCUCACGUCGGGCAGGGAUAAUAGGACUGUCGUGUGGCAUAUGGGGGAAGCGUCGUCCAUGGACAUAUUCGCUGAGUUACAGUGCACGUCUCCGGCCUUUGAUGUGGCGUGGAGUAAUAGCUCGGCAGGAGUUGUUGCUACUGCGGCUACUAAUGGUAAGGUGACGGUGCAAAGUGUGACCGCAAGGCAGCAUGUUAAUAAUGUGAGGACGCCGCCGAAGUGGCAGAAGGCACCAGUUGGAGUAUCGUUUGGGUUCGCGGGGAAGAUGGUGUCAUUUGGACCAGAUAGCACACAAGUCCGGAUGGAAGUUAUACCAGAGGAGCCGGCUUUAGUAGGGGAGGCUGAUCGAUUUGAGAACUACUUAGCACGAGGUGCAUUGAAAGACUACUGCGAGGUGAAGAUAGAUGAGAGUAAUGAUGAGCAUGAGAGGCUGAGCUGGGACAUCAUGGCAUGCCUCUUUGAUGAGGAUUAUAGACAGGAGAUCGUGGCCAAGAUAGGCAUUGAUCAUAGCCAGAUAGUGAGGGCAGCAGAGGAGUAUUUGGGAAGGCCCGUGAAGAGAGAUAAGAGUGACAAUGCACUGGUUAACCAGAGUGGAGUGGGGAGUGGGGCUGAUAACCAACAACAACAGCAAGAGCAGCAGCAGCAACAACAACAGCAGAUUGCGGCAAUGGACUCGGAACAGGCUGAGAGUCUGUUUGAUACGUUGGCGAGGACUAAUGAAGAGUCUGAACAAGCAGGAGAGCAAGUGGGAGCUGCCUCUGCUGGUGGGCUCCUCAGUCCGAUAGCCGACAUGACUCGAUCGGAGACCGACUGGACUAGUGGGGUAGAGCAUAUCAUAAAACAGAGCCUUAUCGUUGGUGAUCUCGACGCUGCGGUUGACUGCUGUAUGCGAUCUAGCAAAUACGCUGAUGCCUUACUGCUGGCCUCGGGGGGUGGCCAGGACCUGUGGCUUAGGACUAGGGAUGAGUACAUGAGAAGGCAGCAAGACCCUUUCUUCCGGAUGGUUUCAUACAUAAUGACCAAUGAUAUGGACAAGUUGGUGUCUACAUCGGACCUCAACUCUUGGCAGGAAACUUUGGCUAUACUUUGUACCUACGCUAACGAGCAGGAGUUCCCGCAGCUUUGUGAGAAUUUGGCCCAGCGUCUUGAGAAGGAGAGAUUCGACAUAAGGGCGGCUGUGCUGUGCUACAUGAUAUGUGGAAACUUUAGUCAAACGGUUCGCAUUUGGGCGUCGAUGUCAACUCCUGGGGCGUCGUCUCAAUCGACUGCCCUGCAGGACUUGGUUGAGAAGAUGGCCGUGAUGCAGGCAGCUGUGAAGUAUGAGGGUAAAGACUCGAUAUUCGUGUCGAGGGUGUCGAGGUAUGCACAGAUGUUGGCUAACAGUGGCAGAGUAACGGCGGCGAUGCGAUACUUGACAAUCAUCAAGCCGAGCAGUACGGAGGUCGUCGGUUCGAUCCCUGGCAAUCAGUAUCAACAGCAAGGGCCUCAGAAUGCUGCAUCGGACAUUUUGAAGGACCGCAUUUACAAUUCGGCGCCCCAAGGAGUCAUGAACCAGAUAGUCCCCACGGCCCCGCCUUUCCCUUUCCAACCCGUCAAUAUACAGCCAGCUGGACAGCAGCAGCAACAAAGACCUGGAAUGAUGCAGCAGCAGCAACAACAUUCGACAGGUGUGUGGAUCGAACCCGGGUGCAUGGAUGUGUGGAGGAAGUGUGGUAUCCAUCAGGCCGCACUCCGUAUGGUCAGCGUCCGUCUACGCCAGGGUUACAUGCGGUCGUCAGCUACUGGUCCUGCUGCUGGGUAUGGUCAUAAUAGGCCACCAGUAGGCCCUGGUAUGGCUCCUAGUGUGGCCUCUUAUGCUGGCUCAGUGUCCCAUGGGCCUGUAGCGGCGGCCUCGCCGGCUGCUGUGAGUCGUAGUGCGAUGCAAGUUCCUCCCCAACCCACGGGUAUGCCGGGGACCAUGCCGCCUGGUGGGGCUCGUCCUGGGCAGCAGUCACCUUAUAGUGCAGCUCCGGGGUACCAGGCAGAGGGAGCCUACCAACAACAGCAAGGUCAUGUUGGGUAUGGUCCUGGCCAACAGCCACAACAGCAGCAGCAAGCUGUGGGUUAUGGAGGCCCCCAUGCAGCAGGAGUAUCACAGACGGGGUAUGGCACGCCGGCCUAUGCACAGAGGUCUCCUAGGCAACAGUAUGGGAUGCAACAGCAACAACAGGGUGGUGGGGUCUCGCCGAUGAUGAACGGGCCUACCUCAGGGUCCAUGAGAGGAGGUGUAGCAACGCCUAUGCAGCAGUCGGCUCCUAUGGGAUCCGGAACGUCUACGGCGCCGCAUGCUGCCGCUGUAUCGACUACACCGGGCCUCCCGGUGAGCUGGCCUGUGCCUACUUCUGUACAGCAGAGUGGCUACAGUAACCCUGCUACGUUGAGUGGGAACCAGGCAGUGGGUGCCCAUAGUGCUCCUGCUCAGCCCCAGGCUCCUCCGAUGGCGGCCGCCGAUGUUUCCAACUGCCAGAGGGUACUGAAUCAGCUGUUGGAGAUCAACUGUCAGGAUGGCAAUCGACGGAAGCGUGAGGACCUUACCAAGCGGCUUGGUGAGCUCUACGGCAAGUUGCAAAGUGGGGAUAUAUCGGAGACAGCGCAAGAGAAGGUGAAGGAGCUGUGUGCAGCUGUUGAUGCUCAGGACUUCAACACUGCCAAGAGGCUUGUGGCGGACUUGAGUGCUCAUGAAUGGGAGCACAACAAGAACUGGGUCAUGGGUCUACGCCGUCUUAUGCCGUCCCAUUGA